UCAUUAAAAAACUAUCGCGUCGUCCCGACCGCCUCUUCUGACGGCGGCGACAAUGGGAACAUUCAAUGUAUUUUUCUCAACAACUCUAAAACAGAUAGUGUUGAUGACGAGAAAAUUCGUGAGCAAGCAUCUAAAUCAGAAGAUUAUGUUAAAUUUAAAUUUGGUCAGGAAGAAGGCAACAACUAUGCUCUAAAUGCCCUUUGA